UUUGAUGCACGAGGCGGGCACCCCGGGGGCUCCCAAGUCGAAAUACGCGUUUGCCCAAAGUGGAAGAUGCGGUUGGUUCAGCCUAGCUUGGCGCAGCUUGCGUAGGCGGCCUGCUGUCCAAACCGUAUCCCGCGGCUGCAGUGGGCAGGCCAUGUGUGCCGUUGCUCCUCCCUCCAUCUGUCCAGGCAGCCAGAACAGCGGUCUCUGCACACCAGGCCGAGGAACUUCUGCUCCACCUGGGUAAAUCCCGAGGUUUGCAGAAAUGAACAACUCUAGAGAGAAGGUUUUCUCCGUAUCUGGAAGGGUGAUGGAUUCCUGAACUCCCUGCAUGCUGGCAAGUGAGGCUGUCUGUGCUGUCUCCCCCUUCCCUGCUCUUCUAAUCUCUCUUGCCUUGCAGAGCUCCCUGAGAGCUGGGCUGAUAUGCGUGAGCCCCUCCUGGAGGGUAUGGGCUUUGCGCUCAAGUACCUCGGCAUGACACUGGUGGAGAAGCCCAAAGGGGAGGACAUGGCGGCAGCGGCCAUCCAUCGGAUCAUUGCCAUGGCUCGGGUGGGGCCCAGGAAGUUCCAGAAGGUGAUUCUGACUGUCUCAUCUCGGGGGCUCUCUCUGCAAGAUGCCGAGACCAAGGAGACCAUGGGAACAGUCUCCAUUUACAGGAUUUCCUAUUGUAGCACAGACAAGCUGCAGAACAAGGUCUUUGCCUACGUGGCACAGAACCCACAAACAGGGGCCCUGGAAUGCCACGCGUUCCUGUCGCCCAAGAAGAAGGUGGCGCGAGCGGUGACUCUCACUGUGGCACAGGCCUUCCAGGUGGCCCUGGACCUCUGGGAGGCUGCACAGGCAGGCUCCAGGGAGAAGGGGGAGGCGCGCGAGACAGACGGCAUCGGCCCGCCUGCCAGGCCCCCCGCGGCCAGCCCGCCGUGCAAGGCCGACUUGGAGGAUGACGAAGGGGAGGAGGAGGAGGAGAAUGAGGAGGACGGGGACCUUGGCGAGGCCUUUUCUGGGUAGGUUGGGGGCCCUGCUGCCCUAGCCCUUGGCAGGGUCGAGGAGGGGUGGGGGCCCGCUCUUAGCCAUCCAUGGAGUGUGUGGGGAGCAGCCUUCCCGCAAGAGGGCGCUGGGGCUCUCGCUGCUCUGACCUGUCUGUUCUCCACUUCAAGCUGCACGGAGGAGGGGCCCUGCCCCACCGGCAAAGGUAACAAGUGCCCUGGCUGGCCCCGCCACCCCCCCUCUUCAGGGGGGGCCCUCAAGGUGCACAGGGUUGGCUCCCCCACAUUCUCCUCAGGUCUCUGAAUCGCCGCCAACCGCCCCCCAGCUCCGCCGAUGCCCGCAUGCAUUCAGGGCCUUGGGGGCCUUCCCUCUGGGGCCACCCCACUGCAUGGCUCCGGCCCGGGGCUCUCGCCACCACUUGCCUCCUGCCCCAGCGGCCUGCGGCCUGCAAGGAGCGGACAGGCGAAGCGUCUCCCCGAGUCCCCCCACAGGACGUUGGCAGCCUCCGUGCACGCCAGGCGUGCGGUGGGGACCCUCGGCACUGCUUGCUGCUGGCGCGGCCUUCUGCAGAGGAGCCCCGCGGAUGGAGGGCUGGCGUGGGGCCCAGCCCCGAAGGUGGCUGGGGCAGGACAUGAGCUGCAUGAGCAAGGAAACCUGGACUUCAGCCCCCCCACUCCAGAGGGAGCUGUGUGAGUGUGGGAACCCCCGACAGCAGCCCCCCACCCUCACUUGUCACUGCCAAGUCACAACUUUGUAGCAAAAGACUAGUUUUUAAUGCCUUUUUCUAAAGGGGAAUAAACCAUUUCCGCGUUGUA